AUGAUUAUCGUUAAAUUCAUUGUUAUUAAACAUUCUUUACAAUGUAGUGUAUGGUUUCCAAUUAAACAUAUUGUUAAACCACAGAUCACAAUUCCAGUUUUUGAACAGCUAAUGAAACAACCAUCUCAUCUCACUCAUAUUCUAUCAACUGUUGAAAAGUUACAUAUAUGA